AUGGUCCUUUCUCCAAGUACUAUGCUCAGAAUCAAUCCUAAGAUCACCGUCGACUUGAAGCUUUCGAAGCAUCUCCGACCCUCGAUCAACGGCACUCCUGACGCCGAGCGAUGCCCCAUGGACCAAUCUCAGAUGUUGGACUUCGUUUGUCUACCGAUCGCAUCAGACCGGGUGCAGAUGGACAGGAGCACAGGCAUCGCCCAGAGCAGGAGCCCGCCUACGAGCGGCAACAUCUUCGCGAACUCCAACGCGGCGCAGGAUAUGAGCACAUCCGCGAACCAGACCAUCAACACGAUGGCGCACAGGACUGCAGCUACAAGUCAGGACGCAAUGAUGGUCAGACAGAGGCUCAAGAAGACCGCCGGGGACAUGUUUAUGGACGUAAUGCCGGACAUCCCCGAGGAUGCGCUUGAGAACAUUAUGACGGACUUGUUCGAAGUUGCAGGCGAGAUGUUGGACAUGAGGGAGAUCGUGACGCUGGACGGGUACGCAGUCGAACGUGUACGCGAGGGUGAGCAAGAGGUCGAACGGGGAGGCGACCGUCAAGGUCAGCAGGAGCAGGCACAAGGUCGUGCCCGGUACGGUGUGGAGACGGUCGAGAUCAAGUCCAUCAUCAAGAUCAGAGACGCGCUGUUCAAGUUCGUAACGGCGAUAGGCUUCGCGAAGGGAGUGCCGUUCGACACCAGCCACUCGUGCAUGCCCACAUGCCGGGACAUGGACUCGAUUACGGCCAUCAUUCUGGACGACUCCACCUCCCCGUACUCCACCUCGCACACGCACAUGUUCCUAUUCACGAUCACGCCAUGGAUCUGUACACGAUCGCGUUCGAGUGUCGACCCCAACGACUUCAUCUUCUACAACGACCUGUGCAUGUACAAGAACCUCAACGUCCACCCCGGCAUGGCUGCGGUCGCGUAUCGGCCGACCUUCUGGAGAGCCUGA